CCGGACCCACUUUCGGAUACGUCGAGGGUUGGGCGUUCUGGGAACGCCGGACCCCCUUUCAGAAACGAGGGUUGGGGUGUCUGUCGUCUAGGGAACGCCGGACACCUUUUGUGAAAUGACGGUCGGGGGUCGGGCGUUCGGGGUACGCCGGACCUCCUUCCAGAAACGACGGUGGGGAGACGAGGGUCUGGGAAUCGGCCGUUUUCGAUAUGCCGGACGCCCUCGGUGUGCGGAGGGUGGGAGUUCGGGUGUUUCCAGAACGUCAAAGAUCUACAACAACAAACCAUGGGCUCUGGACUGGGUUGGUGGUCUGCAUAAGCCUGGGUGUGGGGCCGUUGUCUUUUUGAGCGACGACAAUGGUGCGACGUGGUACUGCUGUUUGGGUGUUGAGAAAUCUGAGAGCGCCAGGAACACCUACGACGGGAGGUCGUCCAGGACCUUCUUUCUUACGUCAGUUUUCGACAAGGAUGGGAAAAAUUGGGUCAAGGAAGACAAGAAGGUUGGCCUUGACUUGCGGCUCUUUCAACGCUAUGGCGUCAAGGCUUUCUCCAUGAAAGUGUUUGACGCGAGCGGGGACGGCGCCGAGCUUCGCAUGCUCACUGCGGAACAAUUCCUCAGUAGAACGAACGGCUACCGCGUCACUGGCUGCCUUCCUGUCGUCGACAGUUCCUUGGAGCUCACCAAGCCGUUGGAAGGUGCGACUGCCCUGAUUGAGCAAAACGAGGAUAAGGAAGAUGGGGGAAGCUGCGGUCCACGUGAAGACGGCGGUGAUUACGAGUACAUGGACGUAGGGGAUGAGAACAUGCAGGACCAGAACAUGCUUGGCGAUGACGACGUCGGUAUCACAUCGGAGCAUGGCCUUGGCGACAUCCCCGCCGGUUCUGUGGGGCCGACUGUUGGUCAGCAGUUGUCGUCCCCUGCGAUAUGCCAUUCGCAAGGCGGGAGUCAGGGUGGGCAUGACUCGCAGGAGCACGGAGGAUCGAAGUCGAGGAAAAAAACAAGAAAAACUUCUCCUUCUGCUUCCGCUCACAAGAGGCAAUCGAGGACUGGCGCUGUAAAUGAGGCUUGUGGAGCUCUGAUAGCAUCCCAGGAGGCGAGACCUCCACGGAAGAGCAGCCAGGGGGGAAGAUCUGGCGGUCGUGGCCGCGGCCAUGGUGGGGCAAGAAAAGGUAAGCAGAUAGUGAGGGCAGAAGAACUGCGGGACGCGGGAGAUGAGGGCGAGGGAGUGGGCCCUCGCAUGCUCGACGAUGGUGAUGAACCGCUUCAGCAAGCUGCACCCAUCGACACGACACGUAAUGCCAUCGAGAGUUCCAUCACCACGGAACCGGGGGCGUGGGAUAGGCCUGAGCUCGUGCUUGCGCCGGUUGACCGCAACGAAAUCGUCGGCGGGCAGGGAAGGCGGAUAACACCGACCAAAUUCUUCGAAAGAGACUCCUCGGAGUUCGAUUGGUAUGCUGUCUGUGGUCAGCAUACGAUCGAGGUGAUGAAGAUAUUGGUAAAAAAGGGUUCUCCGGCAGUCGAUGUCUAUGGCCUUCGCGCGUACUCUAAGGUGCGGGUCGUCUAUUUUGGAGAUGACCAGACGCGAGGGUAUUUCAUUGUCUCUGCCUUCGACAACACGCGCGAAAAUCGGGCCAUGAUGUUGUCGUUCAAGGAUGCUGUCCGUGAUAUGAGACAAUGGUGGAUCGAUAACCACCGAAUCGAGGCCUCGAAAGACAAGGUCAGCGAUAAGGAUGCGGUCGUCGUUGCGCACCAAAAGAAGUGGCAAAAUUUCUUAAGGGCCUCCAUGGGGAAGGCAUGCGACAAGGCGUUCGUAAAGCAAGCGCUCGAGAAUGAGUACAGUAAGGAUUGGAGCAAUAAACUCCGUGGCUACAUGAACCUCGCCACAUCCACUGAGGUUGUGGCCGUCAUCCUUGACAUCUCCCCCGCUAACUUCUGCGUGACAUGGACCUCUCAAGAGUUCGACGCUCUGCACUCUAUGAUGACUAAGUGCUGUGGUGUUAAUUGGGUUCUUUUUGUCUUCGCACCGCAGAAGGUGCAAAGUGAUGUUCUGCGUUGCUUAUUCCGGUGGGAGGACAUCGAACUCAUCCUCGGGACCUGGAAACGGGUGGACAGGCCAUCGAAUGACAUCACGAGGUAUGGCAAUAUCGCUACGGCGAGUCGAGACAUGAUGGUCAUUGUCCUGCACGCGGAGGGAGGGGAUCUCAGAAAGGUCACGGUCGCACCCCACCUUGUUAAUGACCUCACAAACGUGCAUGUCGUGGAGGAGAAGUUCGGGAAGUGUUUGGGGAAACACGGUGGCAUAGAGGGCGAUAAAAGUGUGGUGUAUUCCAUCUGGGAGCGAGAGCCUGGCAAGUUGCGUUCGUUGUGCGGGUCAUUCGUCGAGGAGGCGGAAGGUGUGCUUUUAUUGGGUAGGGCGCACGCGGGUCUUGUGUGGGAAUUCUUACUGGCAGGGAAUAAUGUCAUUGUCUGUGACGAGUCGGCAAAGGACAUUGCAUACUUCACAAAGUUCAUCGAUAUACUUGUCAAGGACGACAGAUUCAACUGCCACGUCGAGAAACCGCGUUGCAAACAUCGCCCGAACAGGGACAUGUUGCACAAGUUGGGGCCUAAGAGGCUGAAGGUGUGGGAGUACCUGUUCCGCGAUAUGCCACAAGGACGGCUUGACGGGAAAUAUAUAUACAGGAAAGCAAAGGCAACAGAGACCCUCAAACAUUAUCACGGUGCUCUCACUGGUGCCUUUGAGACUUUUGUUGCUCGAUGCGAGAUCCUCAAGUUCGAUCUUCGCAAAGACAAAUUGACGUCCAAGGACUACGCGGAGCUCGCGAAAUCGGGCGAUGGCUUUAACUCCGUCGACAGCGAGGAAGAUUCUUCGGACUCCGACCUCGAACUGGGCGAGGACACAUGUGCUGAGGUUCCACGCGGUGGAAUGGUGCAAGCCCACGAUGACGGAACUGUCCAUUCGCACGGAGGGUCCAUCCCGGUGGCCGCCCCAAGCGUCGCCUCAAUGGUGGCCCCGUCGGAGACUACUGCAUUGCAAGACGUUGGAAGAUGCGGUGGCAAUGAAGAAGACGACAUUGAGAUACCAGGCGAGGCGUCGAUGCUCGCACUAGGCGAUGCAAUUCCUCCAGGCUACUGGCAGAGCGAGGCCGCCAUCAAAGCCAAGGCCGAAGAAUUGUUUCAUGUCUUGCGCGACAAUCGGCAACUGGAGUACAACAACAAAUUUUAUGCCCUGCGCUCGAGUCCCUCACGCGGGUCAAUCAACUGGAAGGUUGAUCAAACCGCCAGAACCUUGGAGGGGAGCUGCUCUCAUGAUUUCAUGCCUUCGGCUGAGCCGGCUUCUGUGGCCGCGCAAGCAGGGCACAUGGAAGAUGACGGGACUACUGUUGUCGGGCCUCAAGAGGUUGACAUCACGUCUAAGCCGCAAAUAUUGGAAAAAUCCAUCUCGGUCGCCGCGGCACAAUCGUCCCCACCCAUCGAUGUGUCAACGACAUUGCCGCCAGAUGCAAGUGCCACGUACGGGAGUUUAUUGAUAACAAAUGCUGCAAUGCAAGGCAGAUCCGAGAUCGAGUCAGAGUCUGAUGUUGGGCCGAGCGUGGCGGAGAGUCAGUUGCAACCGUCUUUAUGCACUGGCAAAGGUGAUGCACAAUCACCGCUGACACCACAGGGAGGGGCCGGUGCGGAUGGCGGGAAGGGAGGGGAUGUGGAGGGAAUGCACCGUUCUCGCAACCUCGACACCUUAACCGCUGAUAUUGAUUAAAAGGGUGAGGGUGGGUGAGGCAGGAGGGGUGUAAUUUGAGGGGGAGAAUCCAGUGAUAUGAUUACAACUUCACCUCUGCCUUGUUGAAUGAAAUUGUGUAAUUGAC